AUGGGUGGCAGGACUGUGGCAGGGCUUCUGUCUGGAGCAGCUGUGUUCCUCCUGGUGCUCUUUCAGAGCACAGAGUCAGUCUACAUCCAGUACCAAGGCUUCCAGGUCCAGCUGGAAUCUGUGAAGAAACUGAGCGACCUGGAGAGACAGUGGGCGUUCAGCCCCCGCCUGCAGGCCUGGAGCACCUUGCCCAUCCCGUGCUACCACCUGGCCCUGCCGCCUGAUCUCAAGCCCAUCUGCACCUCCAGGGAAGCUGCCAGCAUCUUCAAGUCCUUGAAGACCAUCGCUGAGGACAACUGCGAGUUGUGUGAGAAUGUUGCCUGUACCGGCUGCAUCUGAGAUGGCCCCAGGUGCCCUGAGCCCACCCUGGACUCCUGCAUCCCCAGCCCACUGGCUUCACAACCCCCACCCCCAUCCAAGCUUUGGUCAUGUCCUCGUCAUUGCCAUGGUCAUUGCCACCCUCUAGAGCCAAAGCAGCUGGA